CACCCGGUAUCUAUGCAAUCUUGAUUCUGUGGUAUUUUCUGUGGAUGACACGCCACUGAGUGGUGAUAUUGGGAUUUGGCCUUUGGGACUUUAUUCUUGGAUGUACCGGUUCCAGAUUAACCAUAUAAGCCACACGUAAUCGUGUCACAGUCACACGAAGUUAGUGAACUCGUUUACCCUUGAAACGUUUCAAAAUGAUUGCCGCGAUCAUUUGCAUAGCAAUCGCUUGCUAUAUUAUCUUUUAUACAAUUACAAUAUGCCUAAUUGACUGUGACGUUGAAUUAGCCUUCUAUGAAAAGUUUGGAAAAUCCAUUGGUCACUUGAAAGGGAAGGUGGUUUUUAUAACUGGAGCCUCUAGUGGAAUAGGGAAACAUACUGCACUCACUUUGGCCAAAUAUGGUGUUAAAUUGGUACUCGCAGCGCGUAGAAGAAAUUGUUUGGAAGAAGUUAGAUCACAAUGUAUCACAAAUUCAGGAGGUCAGCUGACUGUAAAUGAUGUUUUGGUUCUUCCAAUGGACAUGCUGGACAUAAACUCUCAUCAGAAACAGUUUGACAUGGCUUUAGCCCAUUUUGGCCAAAUCGACAUUCUUCUAAACAAUGCAGGUAGAUCGCAGAGGGCAUUUUGGGAAAUGACUCAUUUGACUGUCGAUAAGGAGUUGUUCGAGUUGAAUGUAUUUUCCGUUGUAAAUUUAACAAGAAUCGCUGUAAAUUAUUUUAACAGCAGAGGACACGGCCAUGUUGCCGUAACAUCGAGUUUAGCGGGUGUGGUGCCAAUCCCUUACUCAGGAUCCUACUCUGGAGCUAAAUAUGCUAUUCAUGGUUAUUUCAACAGUUUGAGGAUCGAGAAACUGCGUACAAAUUUGAAGUUGGCAGUUACUUUACUUUGUCCUGGACCGACAUACACCGAAUUUUUGCAACACUCAUUCAUUGAGGUACCUGGAAAGUCAUAUGGUAUUUCUGCAUCGACAACUGACCGCCGUUUGACCGGAGAAAGAUGUGGUUACUUGUGCGCCGUCGCAUUGGCAAAUGAAACAAGGGAAUCUUGGAUGGGCAUUUUCCCCGUUUUACCUUUCUCAUAUUUAUCAGUGUAUUUCCCAGUAAUUACGAAUUGGAUUGUUGCAAUCGUCACUCCACAGAAAAUGUUUAAGAUGCGCGACGGUAAUGAAGGCAUAGUAACAGAGAACUCUGCACUUGGGCAUAGAAUUGCAAGAGUCUAUGGCUCUACCUCAAAUGGAUAACUAGGAUAUUUUGGAAAUGACCA